AUGAAAUUGGAAUUCACCGAGAAAAACUACAACAGCUUCGUGCUGCAGAACCUGAACAAACAGAGGAAACGCAAAGAGUACUGGGACAUGGCCCUGACCGUGGACCACCAUGUCUUCUUUGCACAUCGCAACGUGCUGGCUGCUGUCUCCCCACUGGUGAAGAACCUCAUCUCCAGCAACGACAUGAAGACCACCGAUGAGCUCUUCAUCACCAUCGACCCCAACUACCUGAGUCCCACCACGGUGGACCAGCUCUUGGACUACUUCUACAGCGGCAAGGUGGUCAUCUCAGAGCAGAACGUGGAGGAGCUGCUGCGGGGAGCCCAGUAUUUCAACACCCCACGCCUCCGAAUUCACUGCAAUGACUUCCUCAUUAAGUCCAUCCGCCGUGCCAACUGCUUGCGCUACCUCUUCUUGGCUGAGCUGUUUGAGCUCAAAGAGGUGUCAGACUUGGCUUACUCGGGCAUUCGCGACAACUUCCACUACUGGGCCAGUCCCGAGGGCUCCCUGCACUUCAUGCGCUGCCCACCUGUCAUCUUCGGCCGCCUGCUCCGGGAUGAAAACCUUCACGUGCUCAACGAGGACCAGGCCCUCAGCGCACUCAUCAACUGGGUGCACUUCCGGAAGGACGAGCGCGAGAAGUAUUUCAAAAAGUUCUUCAAUUACAUCAAUCUCAACGCGGUAUCCAACAAGACGCUCAUGUUUGCCAGCAACAAGCUGAUGUGCAUGGACAACAGCUCAGCGCACGCCACCCUGAUCGAGAGUGUCUUGAUGGACCGCAAGCAAGAGCGGCCGUGCAGCCUACUGAGCUACCAGCGGAAAGGGGCCCUGCUUGAUUCAGUGGUCAUACUUGGUGGUCAGAAGGCCCACGGCAAGUUCAACGAUGGCGUGUUUGCCUAUAUCAUCCAAGAGAACCUGUGGCUGAAGCUCUCAGAGAUGCCCUACCGAGCAGCAGCCCUGAGCGCCACAGCUGCCGGUCGCUACAUCUACAUCUCUGGUGGCACCACGGAGCAGAUUUCAGGGCUCAAAACAGCCUGGCGAUAUGACAUGGACGACAAUUCCUGGACCAAGUUGCCUGAUCUGCCGAUAGGGCUUGUCUUCCACACCAUGGUGACCUGUGGGGGGACAGUGUACUCAGUAGGUGGGAGCAUUGCCCCGAGGCGGUAUGUCUCCAACAUCUAUCGCUACGAUGAGCGCAAGGAGGCCUGGUGCCUGGCAGGGAAGAUGAGCAUCCCUAUGGAUGGCACAGCUGUGAUCGCCAGGGGGGACCGACACUUGUACAUUGUCACUGGCCGGUGCUUGGUUAAGGGCUACAUCUCCCGGGUCGGCGUAGUGGACUGCUUCGACACCAACACCGGGGACGUGGUGCAGUGUAUCACCUUCCCCAUUGAGUUCAACCACCGGCCCCUGCUCUCUUUCCAUCAGGACAACAUCCUCUGUGUGCACAGCCACCGGCAGAGUGUGGAAAUCAACCUGCAGAAGAUCAAGGCCAACAAGACAACCACCUCAGUGCCUCUCUUGCCCAACAACUGCCCCUUGGAUGUGUCCCAUGCUAUCUGCUCCAUUGGAGACAGCAGGGUGUUCGUAUGUGGGGGUGUCACCACGGCCAACGAUGUCCAGACAAAGGACUACACCAUCAAUCCAAACGCCUACUUGCUGGACCAAAAGAUAGGCGAGUGGAAGACCCUGGCCCCCCCACCAGAGGCACUGGACUGUCCUGCCUGCUGUCUAGCCAAGCUUCCUUGCAAGAUCCUUCAAAGGAUUUAA